AUGGGGAGUUCCAUUCUUGACGCUCUGAACGUGCGCGUGGAGGGAUCCGGCGACAAGUACCUGGUUCUGGCACACGGCUUCGGCACGGACCAGUCGGCGUGGCAGCGCGUGCUCCCCUACUUCACGCGCCACUACAGCGUCAUUCUCUACGACCUGGUGUGCGCCGGCAGCGUCAACCCCGACCACUUCGACUACCGCCGCUACACCACGCUCGACGCCUACGUCGACGACCUACUCAACAUCCUCGAUGCCCUCCGCGUCACCCGCUGCGCCUACGUCGGCCACUCCAUCUCCGCCAUGAUCGGCAUGCUCGCCUCCAUCCGCCGCCCCGACCUCUUCUCCAAACUCAUCCUCAUCGGCGCCUCCCCCAGAUUUCUGAACGACAAGGACUACCACGGGGGAUUCGAACAGGGAGAGAUCGAGCAGGUGUUCUCCGCAAUGGAGGCGAACUACGAGGCGUGGGUCAACGGCUUCGCGCCGCUAGCGGUGGGGGCGGACGUGCCGGCAGCGGUGCGGGAGUUUUCUCGGACGCUGUUCAACAUGCGGCCGGACAUCUCGCUGUUCGUGUCGCGCACGGUUUUCAACAGCGACCUGAGGGGGAUUCUGGGUCUGGUCAGCGUCCCAUGCUGCAUCAUGCAAACGGCACGUGACAUGUCCGUGCCGGAAACCGUGGCGAAAUACAUGAAGGAGCACAUCGGCGGGAAAAGCACCAUCCAGUGGCUGGACACGGAGGGCCACCUCCCGCACCUGAGCGCUCCGUCGUACCUGGCUCGGCAGUUGGAGAUUGCGCUCUCGCAGUAG